GCCGGGGGCGGGAGGGGCGUGCUGGCAGGGGCUGAUGGGAAUUGUAGUCCACGGACCUCCGCAGGGCCGCAGGGUGUGCCGUGGAGGCGCCCUCCGAAGCGGUCGGGCUGUGUGUGUGUUUGUCCGGGGGGGGGGAGGGUCCAGCCAUGAUUCCGGGAGAACUCCCGCCCCCAGCGGGAGGGAGGCUGGCAGCCCUCUCUGGCCCGCCGCUUCCGCUGCCCGGCACUGGGAUCCCUCCUCUGGCUGCCAGGUGAGCGCGCCGCCCUUCCUCUUCGAGGCCUUCCUCUGGGCCCCCAUCGACGAGGCUCGCAGCAGCGCCCGCCUGCAGGAUGGCUCCGUGCUCUUCACCCUGCAGAAGAGAGAAGCGGCCGCCUGGGAGGCCCUCCUGGCCGAAGGGGUUGACAAGGAAGAGAUGCAGCGAAUUCGAGAGGAGGCGGUGCGCAAAGCCCACGAGAAGGCAAAAGAAGAAACGGAGGCCAAAGCUGUUCGGAAGCGGGAACGUUCCAAGUGCGCUCUGGAGGCCACGAUGAAGCUAGAAGAAGAGGAAAGGAAACGAGUAGAACUGCUGAAAGAAGCCGAGCGGAACAGAGCCACGGAAGACAUUGAGAAGUGGAAGAAGCAAAAUCAGCUGCCAGGAAGGGACACCUUGCUUCCCGCUGAGAAAAAGCAAGAGAGAAGUGAGACCAGGCCUUUGAGCGGAGGAACAGCCAAGACGCCCAGCAGACUCAGGACAGCUGGAAGUUCUGGAAAUAUGUUUGAUGAGAAGGUAAAGGAGAAAUCCAUUCCUGCUCCCCGGUGCUCUGGCAACAUACAACUCCAUUUCACGCCUCGUGUCUUCCCCACGGCUCUCAGAGAAUCCAGAGUUGAAGAAGAGGAGGAGUGGCUGCAGAAGCAAGCGGAGGCACGCAGGGCAAUCAACGCAGACCUUGCUGAGCUGGAGGAUUUCUCGGAAGAGGAGAAGAAUCCAGACUGGCUGAAGGAAAAGGGCAAUAAAAUGUUUGCAACAGGCAAUUACCUUGCUGCUGUGAAUGCCUAUAAUCUGGCGAUUCGUAUCAACAAUCAGAUUCCAGCCCUGUAUUUGAAUCGGGCCGCGUGCCACUUGAGGCUGAGAAAUCUGCACAAGGCCAUUGAAGAUUCCUCCAAGGCCCUGGAUUUAUUGACUCCGCCUGUUCAAGACAAUGCUAAUGCCAGAGUGAAAGCUCACCUCAGGCGAGGGACAGCGUUCUGUGAGCUUGAAUUGUACACUGAAGGCCUGCAAGAUUACGUUGCUGCGCUCAAGAUUGAGCCAACCGACAAAAGUAUCGCAGAGGAUGCUGAGAAGAUUCGACGCAUAAUCCAAGAAACAGAAGGAGUCUGACAGAACCCCCUGGUUUUGGGGAGUAGUUGUCAGCGGGAGGCUUUGUGAGGUAGCCCGGAUGCUGUCAACGGAGAGAAAUCUCCCCUUCUUCUCGGAGAAUAUCUUGGUAGAGCACUACUGGGAUAAAAGGUCAGGUUUUCUCCUCUCCUCCGUUUGAGUAGUAAGUGCAAGUUACAACGUUUGAGGUUCCUAUUUUGUAAAAGUGUUUCUCUGUAAGAAAUGUUUCUUUAAAUAACAUUGAAAAGUAUUUUUUUUUCUAAUUUAAUAUCUUGCUCAAUAAACAAAGCAAAAAGAAACCUAA